AUCGGCGAAGUUGCACAGUUCGAAGACCAAACUAAUCUCCUACUUUAACGACGAGCACAUGACGACCGAGUGUGUUCACCUUCCAAUCGCGUACAAGUCACAGGAAUUGGUGGAAAAAUUCUUUGUGGUGACUUCGAGUCUGCUGCCGACCAUCAGCGGCGACACAGCCGAAGCACUGGGUCUGAUCCGACGAGUCCGAGCAGUAAGUGAGGAUAAAGACAAAACCAGGUGGAUGGAACGCUUUCCCGAAGUGUUCAGAGGGCCCGGCACGAUAAGAGGAGCUGAGGUGAAGUUGAAGUUAAAGGAAAACUACGUCCCGGUGGUGAAUCCGUGCAGAAAAAUUCCAGUCUCGCAGGAGAAGGCCGUGAAAGAAGAAAUCGCGAGAAUGAUCAAGAACGGGGUCGUUGCAAAAGUGAACACGCCGACGGAGUUUGUCAGCAAUAUUGUGGUGGUUCCGAAGGCUCACGGCCGGAUCAGACUUUGUCUCGACCCCCAGCAUCUCAACAAGGCGCUCCAGCGUGGGCCACACCCCACAAAGCGGCUGGAGCAGAUCCAAUGUAAGAUGGCUAAGGCUGCAUAUUUCACGACGCUCGAUGCAGAUGAAAGCUUCUGGCAGCUCAAGCUGGAGACGGCUUCAUCAUAUCUGUGCACAUUCAUCACCCCGUUCGGCCGGUAUAGAUUUCUGAAGGUUCCCUACGGAAUAACGACAGCAAGCGACGAAUUUCAGAGAGUCACGGACGAGAUCUUCGGCGACAUGGACGGCGUGAUCCCUUACAUCGAUGACAUAAUAAUCUGGGGUGAGACAAAGGAACAGCAACAGGAACGGGUUGAGGGAGUGCUGCAGCGAUGCCGAGAAAUCGGUCUUGUCCUCAACCCGAGUAAAUGUCAUUUCAACAAGACGUCGGUGAGGUAUCUCGGGCACAUUGUUAGCAGAAAUGGAUUCCGAAUAGACCCUGACAGAAUCGAGCAUAUCCAGGCCUUCGAGACACCGAGUGAUAAGAAAGAGCUUCAACGUUUUCUUGGCGUUGUCAAUUUCGUUGGAGGUUUCAUCGAAAACAUGUCCGAAAAGACAAAGCCUCUCAGAGAUCUGGUAAAGGACGAUGUGGAGUUCCUGUGGACAAGUGAGCAACAAAAAGCGUUCGAGGUCUUGAAAGAAAGCUUGACGAGGGCACCGGUGCUGCGUUUUUUCGAUCCUAGCCAACCGGUGGUGCUGAGCGUAGAUGCUUCUGAAUUUGCUGUGGGAGCGGUUUUGCUCCAGGACGGUAGGCCGGUCGCCUACAACAGCAGGGCGCUCUCAGCGGCGCAACAGAAGCUCCCGCAGAUCGAGAAGGAAAUGAUAGCGAUCGCUAACGGAUGCUCGAAGUACCACUACUACAUUUUCGGCCACACGGACAUCACGGUAGAGACGGACCACAAGCCUCUUGAGAGCAUAUUCACAAAGGCUUUCGAGAAGGUUCCUUUCAGUCUUCAGCCGUACUGGCUAUCAUUGCAGAAGUACGGUCUGAGGGUCAAGUACAAACCAGGAAAAAAGAUCCCCGUGGCGGAUUUCCUGUCCAGAAUACGGAACAACAAAGAAACGGUGGACAGUGCAAAUAUGAAGGCAGUGGCAUCCAUAGCAAUAUCUGACGAAAGGUUGGCGGAAUACGUGAACGACACCGACAAUGAUCCUGAGCUAACCGAGCUCAAGAACAUGUAUCAACGUGGCUGGCCAAAUGAUAAGAAGGAGGUGCCUGAGAAGAUAUGGCGAUUUUGGCCAUACAGAGACGAGAUCCAUGUUUACAAGGGUCUCGUGUUGCGAACCGGGCGAAUCAUCGUACCUGCCAACCGACGAGCAGAGGUCCUCGAUCAGCUCCAUGCAUCACAUCGAAAUGCGCAGAGCAUGCAGAGAAGAAGUCAGGGCUCCAUAUACUGGCCCACUAUCCACCGAGACAUUGAAAUACGAGUACAAAACUGCGAGGGUUGCCAACGCGAUCAUCACCGGAUUCCCAAAGAACCCCUCAUCUCGAGUAAGAUCCCGACAUACCCGUGGCAAAUCGUAAGCGCGGACAUCUUGCACCACGAGGGAGAAAACUAUCAGGUCAUUGUUGACCACUACAGUUUUUUCUGGGAAAUCACGCGUCUGCCGAGCAUGUCGGCGAGCGCCGUCAUAAAAGCAUUGUGGGAAGUAUUCCAGAGACACGGCUACCCCGAGGUGUUCCGGUCAGACAACGCGACGCAGUACGUAAAUGACGACCUGCAGAAACUUUUUCGCAGGUUCGACAUUUCACAUAGGACCAGCAGCCCGCUCUACGCUCAAAGCAACUCUAUGGCCGAGAGGGCUGUGCAGGAGGCAAAAAGACUCUUAAAAAAGGUCAAAUACGGAACUCCAGAUUUCUACAACGCUCUGCUCGAGGUCAGGUCGACCCCGAGAACAGAACUCUUGAAAUCGCCGUGUCAGCGCCUAAUGUCGCGGCAACCGCGAACUCUGGUACCAACACUCAAGUCGCAGCUACAACCACGCGUCGUGAAACCGGAAAUCGUCCGAAAAGAGCUCCAAAAAAUUCGAAAACAGCAAAAGAAAGAGUAUGAUCACAAAUACCAGCGUUACCAUACUGAGCUCAUGAAAUUCGUUGACGAAGGAUUCGCGGUCGAGAUCCAGAACCUCGAGCCGGCGGAGUUCUCCGCAGUCGAUGGCUCCGAUUUUACGCCUCAUCCCGAGGUGGUGACGUCUUCCAGCGGCAAGGAGAAGUCGCACCCGAUCGCCUUGUCCACCGAUAUUCCGCGUGCCUACAUGAGGAUCGCGGUCAACGCAACGGAUCAGCCGUUCUUCCGUUUCCUAUGGCGGGCCCCCGGAUCGAGCGCGAUCAAGACAUUCCAAAUGGUGCGUGUCACGUGGGGAGUGUUGGAACUAAGUCCAAAGCUAACUGUUUUAUGA